GUAUAUUAUACAGGAGUAAUACAUUACACACAGUCACAUACACACACACACACAUAUAUAUAUAUAACCCCCUAUCCCUCUCUAUAACACAAUACUAAAUAUAAAUACUAACAUAUGGGUCUGGAGGGAGGCGGUUUCUAGGACAGUGUAAGAUUCUGUUUUAGGGUUAUAACUGAUUGUUUCUUCUGAAACUACGAGAGAGAGGGUUGUGUAUGUGUGUGUGUUUUUUUCUCUUUUUCUAAUGGCAGGAGAGUGUUGUUCAAGCAGAGAGAAAAGAAAAGAGAAGCCGUACAGAGGGAUAAGGAUGAGGAAGUGGGGGAAGUGGGUGGCUGAGAUAAGAGAACCCAACAAGAGGUCAAGGAUUUGGCUUGGUUCCUACUCCUCGCCGGUGGCGGCAGCGCGUGCCUACGACACCGCCGUGUUCUACCUCCGAGGCCGGUCGGCGAAGCUGAACUUCCCGGAAUAUAUAGUUCAGGAAGACGAGGUCCAAGACAUGUCUGCGGCUUCAAUACGGAAGAGAGCCACCGAGGUCGGAGCUAGGGUUGAUGCUAUCCAAAGCGCCGGCCGUGCAUCACCGGAGGAGAAUCUGAACCGGGUUUUGGAGAAGCCGGACUUGAACCGAUUCCCUGAUCCCGAAAACUCCGAUGAUGAGUGAGAAGAGAAACAACUAGUUUAAUUUUACCAUCAUCAUCCAACAUAUGAGAGCUACUACGAUGCAGAGACCACACCGACGUCGGAGCUAGGGUUUCAUGUUCAUGACAGAAUUGUCAUAUUGAGAUGUCUUGGAUGUAAUCCUAAGGGAUUGCUUUAAUUUAAAGUGGUGAAACUUCUUUCCAUAUUCGGAUUCAAUUUCAUAGUUGUAACAACACAGAGCAUAAGGGCGUUUUAUUAGUUUA